AUGGCGAUGCUGCACAUGUCCUUCUUCCUCCUCAUCCCCUUCCUCUCCGCUGGUAUCACCCUUCCACUCCCAUCCGUCGCUGCCGCUGCCGACGCCGACGGCGAGCAGUUCGUCUACACCGGCUUCACCGGCUCGAGCCUCGCCCUCGACGGCGCCGCCACCAUCACGGCGGGCGGCCUCGUGGAGCUGACCAACGCCACCACCCACCAGAAGGGCCACGCGUUCCACCCGGCCCCGCUGCGCCUCCGCGGGUCCCCGGACGGCGGCGGCACGGUGCGGUCCUUCUCGGUCACCUUCGUCUGCGCCAUCGUCUCCAGCUACACGGACUUCAGCACCCACGGCCUGGCCCUCGUCGUCGCGCCCGGCGUCAAGAGCCUGUCGGCCGGGCUCACGGACCAGUACCUCGGCGUCACCAACGCCCAGAACGACGGCAGCGCGGCCAACCACCUGUUCGCCGUGGAGCUGGACACCGUGCAGAACAUCGAGUUCCGCGACAUCAGCGCCAACCACGUCGGCAUCGACAUCAACAGCCUCGCCUCCGUGGCGUCCCACGAGGCUGGCUACUACGACGACGACGACCGUAACGGCGGCGGCUUCCAUAAUGUAAGCCUCAUCAGCCGUGCCGCGAUGCAAGUGUGGGUGGACUACGACAGGGUGACCACCCAGAUCGAUGUCACCAUGGCUCCCCUUGGGAUGGCGAGACCCAGCAAGCCGCUGGUCAGCACCACCCACAACUUGUCGACCGUGCUAUCGGAGCCGUCGUACAUCGGCUUCUCGUCGUCGACGGGCCCGGUGAACUCCCGGCACUACGUUCUCGGCUGGAGCUUGGGCAUAGACAGGCCUGCCCCGGCGAUUGAUGCCGGCAGGCUGCCAAAGCUGCCGCAGCUGGGGUCCAAGCCUCGGUCAAGAGUUCUGGAGAUAACCCUGCCAAUAGCAAGCGCGGUUGUCGUCCUCGUCUUCGGCGCCGCCUUGGUUCUGCUUGUGAGAAGGCGCCUGAGGUACACCGAGGUGCGGGAAGAUUGGGAGAUCGAGUUCGGGCCGCACCGUUUCGCGUACAAAGACCUUUUCCAUGCCACAAAUGGGUUCAAGGACAAGCACCUCCUUGGUGCAGGAGGCUUCGGCAUGGUGUACAAGGGGGUGCUUCCGGCGUCCGGGGUAGAGAUCGCCGUGAAGAAGGUGUCCCAUGGAUCCAAGCAAGGGGUGAAGGAGUUCGUCGCGGAGAUCGUAAGUAUUGGCCGCAUCAAACACCGUAAUCUUGUGCAGUUACUUGGCUAUUGCCGGCGAAAAGAUGAGCUCAUUUUGGUGUACGAUUACAUGCCAAACGGUAGCCUGGACAAGUAUCUAUACGGCCAAGGAGAUGGAGAUGGACUCACCUUGGACUGGGCUCAAAGGUUGCAUGUCAUCAAAGGGGUCGCUUGUGGCUUACACUACCUGCACGAGAGGUGGGAGAAAGUCGUCGUCCACCGAGACGUCAAGACAAGCAACGUGCUCCUCGACAAGGAAAUGAAUGGACGGCUAGGCGAUUUUGGGCUUGCAAAGUUGUAUGAGCAUGGCACCAACCCACAAACAACACGUGUGGUUGGAACCACAGGAUACCUAGCGCCGGAGCUAGUGAGAACAGGGAAAGCCACCCCUCUAACCGAUGCUUUCUCCUUCGGAACAUUCAUGCUCGAGGUCACUUGCGGACGACGGCCGAUCAAGCAAGACGAGCAAGGCAACCAAAUCUUGUUGGCGGACUGGGUACUCGAGCACUUGCAUAGAGAGUCACUCGUUGAGGCAGCAGAUCCAAAGUUGCAACACAAGUACAACUCUGAUGAGGUGUGCCUAAUUCUCAAGAUUGGACUGCUCUGCUCACACCCAUCUCCCUCUGCAAGGCCCACGAUGCAGCAAGUUUUGCAGUAUCUUGAUGGAGAACUGCCACUCCCGGAGAUGACACGCUCAACCUUGAGCUUCAACUUGUUAGCUCUUAGGGAAAGAAAGGAGUUGCAUUCCAUGUCAAGCCCAUUCUCAUCUACGUCGAUGACUGUCGGCACCAUAUCUGACCUUUCUGGCGGAAGAUGA